AGAGGCAGGCCAACAGUGCAGCCUUCUCGCCUUCCACACACACACACAUAAACAAACACACAUGCAUUACACACACACAGAGAGACUGAGGCAAGAGGAGGGGAAGAGGCCACAAAUUCAGAAGCAAAGAGCAGCGAGACAGGAUGGAAGCUGAGAAGAGACAGGAUUUAAAGACAAUGGAUGUUAAAUUAAUGUUGUAACUGGAAACGGGAGCUUCAGUUUGAACGGCUUACCAGAGAACUUGAAGAAGAGAGACAGAUUGUGGCCAAUCAACUGGAGCAAUGCAGGUUGGGGGCGGAGUCUCCAGAUGCUCCGAGUGACAGCUCUUCUGAGAAGUCUCUUCUGUGGAGAUCUGCAGGUAUUUUUGUUUUGUUCUAUUCCUGCUUGUUAUUUUUUCUUGUCACCUGUAAAUAAGAGUUAGCAGAACUAUGACAUUUUAGACAGCACUGCAGUCACAUACAUACAGCCCAGAUCACAUAGUCUAGCUUGGAACAAUGACUCUUAGAUGGUUGAGCUGGCUGAUUUUUGUACUCAAGGCUCUCUGAAGCAUUUAGAGGACAUUUGAAUGUAAUUGAGUGUAAAUAUUUUCCUGACCUAUAUUUCUUAUGGUGUCUUAUGGUUUAGUUACAGUAUCCCAAAGCUGCACUAUGUUGGCUAUGUUAUUGUAAGAUAUUAUAUUAUAAUAUUUGGUAUUUUUAAUAACUUUUAACUGUGCCAAGAACUCUUUUACUCUUGACAAACACUUUGUUGUGGGUUCUGGACUUUUUCUUUUUAUUCUGUUCUAAAAAAAGACAUCAGACACUGUGGUCUUAUGAUCCGGUCACCCAACCUAAUGAACAAUAUGCCAUGAAUUAUUCCACUGAACUACAUUUGAAAUCUCAUUUUCUCUCUUCAAAUCCUCACAGGGCAGCUAAAACGGUUUUCUACCCUUUUCUUCAGUUUUAGCUCCUGUUGUCAUCUCUAACUGUGAGAAUGUCUUUAAAGUAUGGAAACACAAUAGACCAGACACCUUAUUUUUCUGUGAAAAUCGGAAAUCAUUUUACAUUAUCUGUCACUGGUUAUUCUUUUGGGUAAAUAAUGAUGGCAUAUUUUAGGUUAAUGCUCCCUCUAAGUGUGUCAAGGGAUGAAGGUAACUGUAUCUUGAUCAUUUUUUUCAAAUACUUAAACCUGCUCACAGUGUGAUAACCAUUUGGUCAUCAGAAUCCUCAGGUGCAGGUGUGUCUAAGCCGUCGGAUGGUUGCUCCUCGCCCACAUUUGGGGUCAGAGGUCAGGGGUUACUUUACUCUCCUGAAUUGGAACAGAUCUCCCUGCGUGAAAGGUCUGCGCCAAACUCGCGCAGCUCUACUCAAAUGAAUUCGUACUCGGAUAGUGGAUACCAGGAGGUGAGUGGUUACUAUAGUAACACCGUGACGCCCAGACGAUCGGAAGGGAGGUCCCAGUCGACAAGCUCCGCCCCCACUGGAAGCCCCACCCUCGCCAUGAGUUCUAGGGCUGAAGGACAGGCCUCAGCACAGGUGGCCAGCAGUGUCCGUGUCAUGAGGCGAGUCUGUUCUGUUCCCUCUCGUGCCCCAUCCCCACUCUACACCUCAUCCCCGCCUGCGUCUCGCCAGCCUCUGCGAACAUCCCUCGGAAGCCCCUAUGGCUCACCUAUAGUCUCAGAGCCCCGUCCUUUACCUAGUAUAUUUCCUGGCACCACCUUGCCUCCGGCCUCCAGCCAUGCUCCCGAGCCAGUGCACUCCAGCUACUUGGGACGGCAUGGAAAUGGGAUGGGGUCAGAAUCUGGAUCACCAACGCUCCUGCGGGCCGGUAUGACUGCUCAGCCUCAGCAGUACGGGACCCUGGGGAAGCACGAUACACAUGCAUAUGACAGCACUCACUCUUCCUUUGGGUCUCGGGCCUAUGACAUCUUUGAGAGGAUGGUCCUUUCAAGACCGGAUAGCCUUACAGGCUUGCAAACCUCUUAUAGUCAGAACAGCCAGUUGGGCCAAGACACCCGCUCCCCUGACUGCCACGUCACGCCACUCUAUGAAGACAGAACCUUCCAGAACCCUCUGUACCAGAGCCCCACGCACGGCUCCCAGAGCGCUAGCUCCAGAAACAAUACAGGGUUUGGUACUUUACAAAGGACCACUAGUCAGUGUAGCACUCUGAGGUACCAGCGAGGGUUGUUCUCAAUGGGCUCCAUGGCAACGCACUCUGACACCUAUCGUCCUGCGCAUUACCGCCAAUCCGACCCGAACUACACCAGACAUGCAGCUGCCGUCGACAACGCCGUCACGCGCUCGCCUUCCAUAGACAGUGUUCACAAAGAUCCCAGGGAGUUUGCCUGGAGAGACCCCGAGCUGCCAGAGGUAAUCCGAAUGCUGCAGCAUCACUUCCCUUCUGUCCAGGCCAAUGCUGCAGCGUAUAUACAGCACCUCUGCUACGGAGACAACCGCAUAAAGGCAGAGGUGUGUCGACUGGGGGGGAUCCGACACCUGGUGGAUCUGCUUGACCACAAAACCCUGGAAGUACAGCGGAAUGCUUGUGGAGCUCUGCGGAACCUAGUGUACGGAAAAGCCACCGACGAUAAUAAAGUGUGUGUGAGGAAUUCCGGUGGAAUCCCAGCUUUGGUUCGUCUGUUGAGAAAAACUCCAGACACUGAAGUGCGAGAGCUCGUAACCGGAGUGUUGUGGAACCUGUCGUCAUGUGACUCCGUGAAGAUGACGAUCGCUCGGGACGCUCUCGGACCACUUACUAACACGGUCAUUAUCCCUCACUCCGGCUGGGGUGCGGCCCCUCAGCGAGAGGACCAGAAACUCAAACUGCACUCAUCUUUGGUCCUGAGGAACACCACCGGCUGCCUCAGGAACCUGAGCUCAGCUGGAGAAGAGGCCAGAAGGCAGAUGCGGUGCUGUGAAGGGCUGAUAGAUUCCCUUCUCUAUAUAAUCAAAACCUGUGUAAACACCUCUGAUUAUGACAGCAAGAUUGUAGAAAACUGUGUGUGUACUUUGAGGAACCUGUCAUACCGUCUUGAACUGGAGAUGCCUCCGUCUCGGCUGAUGGGAACCCAGGAUCUGGACAUGCUCCUGGGCCCUGACUCCUCCAGUAAACAGGCCGACUACAGCUGCUGGGGGCUCAGAAAGAAGAAGAAGAAGAGGUCCUGGCAGGAUCAGCAGUGGGAUGGUGUGGGGCCUAUUCCAGGAUUUUCUGGAAGUCCAAAGGGGGCAGAGAUGCUGUGGCAUCCAUCUGUGGUAAAACCUUACCUCACUCUGCUGGCAGAGAGCUCAAACCCAGCCACGCUGGAAGGAGCAGCUGGGUCUCUGCAGAAUCUCUCCGCCGGAACCUGGAGGUUUGCGGCCUACAUCCGUGCUGCUGUACGUAAAGAGAAGGGUUUGCCCAUACUGGUGGAGCUACUGAGAAUGGAUAAUGACAGGGUGGUCUGCUCUGUGGCCACUGCUCUACGGAACAUGGCUCUGGACGCCAGGAACAAGGAGCUCAUUGGAAAAUACGCCAUGCGGGACCUAGUGACCCGUCUCCCUGGCAAUGGGCCGUCCCUGCUGUCAGAUGAGACGGUGGCGGCGGUCUGCUGCGCGUUGCACGAGGUCACCAGCAGGAAUAUGGAGAACGCCCGUGCUCUCGCCCAGACGGGCGGCAUCGACAAACUGGUCAUAAUCAGCAGAGGACGUGGGGAGAGGUACUCCAUGAAGGUGGUCAAGGCAGCAGCUCAGGUGCUCAACACUCUGUGGCAGUACAGAGAUCUGCGUACCUUCUACAAAAAGGAUGGAUGGAACCAGAACCACUUCAUCACCCCAGUGUCAACACUGGAACGAGACCGCUACCGUUCCCAACCUACUCUGCCAACCAGCAACGUGCAGAUGUCACCUGUUAUCCAAUCAGGAGGUAGUGCCACCUCUUCCCCUGCCAUGUUGGGUAUAAGAGGUCAUCGUUUAAAUCAGCGGAGGACCCAGUCAUCUAUGCAACUUCAUAAUUAUUAUGGAGACGCCAACAGAAACACAAGUCAGUAUACAGGGUCUGGAAAGCAGUCUGCCUAUUUUAUCAGUUCCUAUCCGUCUCCUUCAACCGAGGAGUCCCGCAGAUCACAGCAUGGCCGGCUCUACUACCCAGAGGAGGGUAAUCAAAGCACCUAUGACACUUUUGGAAUGUACAUGUCGUCUCCGAUGGGCUACGAGGAUCCGUAUCUGGACGAGCCGGUGCAUUAUCCUGUAGUGAGCGAGAGGCAGGUGCUCAAACCCAAUACCAACUAUGUGGACUUCUACUCCACCACACGCAGGCCUUCAUACAGAACUCAGCCCUACCCGGCCUCACCUGACUCAUGGGUGUAGGCAUGUGUGCGUAUUCGUCCAUGUAACGUGUAGCCAUAGAUAGAAUAUUGCAAAGAGGUGUUACUCCUUAAGACAAAUCUGGGUCAGUGGAUUCCAAGAGUGUUAUAUGGACAAGCUGUUGCAUAUGAAGUGACUGGUUCAUUAUCAUUCGACAAAUUGAAUUUGUUUUGUGUGCGCAAACAAGCCUGUGCAGUGACAUUCAUUUUUUCAUUUGGAUGUUUGCGCGUAUGUGCGCUUGAGUGGAAGUGUGUGUGUGUGUACAUAAAUGACAGAUUAAAUGCUCAAUUAAAUUAACUUGAAUUAGUUUGACCUGGGAUUGAGUGUGAGCCAAAGACUUUAAUUUUCAGUAUCUGCUGUUUUUAAACAGUGAAGCGUGUUUAAAGUCUGAUUUACUGACAACUUGAACCAUCUUUUUAUGAUUUGAAUUUUCAUAUGUUUUUUUUUCGUGGCAUGUUAUUAUAGUCACCUCAGAUUUUGAGCCAAAUGAAAAGGUGUAACUAAAUUACAUAUCGGCUGAAAUAAAGAAAUAAUAGCAGUGUAAAAAAAAAAAAAGAAACCCUAAUAAUAAUGUUCUGUGCAAUGGAAAACAAAAACGUCAUUUUGUCUGGUCUCAUUGCUGUAACCUACUUAAUGUAAAGAUUAAUGUAUGUUCCAUGGAGUCUUGUACAACUACGUCAGUUUAGUGUACAACCGUGAUCUGUGCUACUAAGCACAAAAAACUGUGCCAUGAUAAAUCGCUGUGUAGAACUGUGUGUAUAUGUAAAAGACCUUCUGGAAGCAAAAGUUAUUACUAUCAGAAUAUUUAGAUGUAAUAAAGAUAUCAUUUGUUUUUAUAUAUA